AUGGUUUCGCCUGAUGAGAAAUCUGAUGAGAAGCCUUUUCUCCCACCACCAGCAACUUCGACAUCAGCUUAUUCUCACCAAAAGCAACACUCUACCUUUGUUAUCUUCCUGGUUGUAGCGUUUUACUGGAUUGUAUCUUUAGCAGUUGUAUUCCUAAAUAAAUUUAUUCUCAGCUCUUCGGAAUAUAAAUUUCCAUAUCCUCUGUUUGUGACAUGGUUUCAAUUAGUUGUAGCGCUACUUGUCUUGCUGAUUUGGGGUACCUUAGGUCGAAAAAUCAAAGCAUUAUCACUUAUCCCACCAUAUGAAUUCGAUUUGAGCAUCGCUCGAAAGGUCAUUCCAUUGACCUUUAUGUAUGUCAUGAUGUUGGCUUUUAAUAAUCUAUGUUUACAAUUUGUCGAAGUUACAUUCUAUCAGGUCGCACGAUCUCUUUCAAUCCUUUUUAAUAUUAUUUUCACAUAUACACUUCUUGGAUCUAAAACAUCAUUCGCUGCAAUAGUUUGUUGUGGUAUCGUAUUCAUGGGAUUUGCUGUUGGAUCUUAUUAUGAAAUAAAUUUCUCUUGGGAAGGGAUUAUCUAUGGUGUUGCAUCCAGUGCCUUUGUUGCUUUAUAUGGAAUUUACGUUAAAAAGACACUUGGUGCAGUUGAUAAUAAUCAAUGGCGUCUUCUCCAUUAUAAUACAACUUUAUCGAUAUUCUUCCUUUUACCAUUGGUACUGUUUUCUGGUGAAUUCAAAAGAAUCCUCCAGGUUUACUUUUUAGAUGAUCUGGGUUUCUGGAUAUUGAUGACUGUCACUGGAAUCACCGGUUUUAUCAUCAACAUUGCAGUAUUCUUGCAAAUUAAAGUCACAACACCUUUAACUAAUACAAUUUCGGGGACGGCAAAGAGUUGUUUUCAAACUGUGCUCGCUGCUUCAUACUUCCAAAAUCCAAUUUCUCCAAUG